AUAAAUCCGAAUUACAUCAAAGCUCAUCAAAGAUUCGGAAGUUUUGGAACACUAAUACCAAAGGUUGUUGUUUCGUUUCCAUAACAUCUAACCAAUAAUAUGCCAAAAGAAAACAUGGAUUAGUUGACAAACAAACAAACACUGAGAUUAUUACUUUGAUCCACAUUACUGGGAAAUCAAACUUCACACGUGGCAUGCAGCCAUGCAUCUUCAAACCAAGGGGUAGUUUUGGUUAAUCAUCCAAAUAUGCCCAUUGGCACCAAUUCCCUCAAUAACUACUAUAAAUACCAAGGCCGUUGAGUGUAACGCUUUGCACAAUUACACUUAAACCUGUUUAUUUCUCCUUCUUCUUCUUAUUCUAGUCUUCAUCAUUCACUCACAAAAACAAAGAAAAGAAACCAGAGAGAUGGAUCAAAUAAAACCGGAGUUUCUGAAAAAAUUGACGAAGUUUAUAGCAGUUUCGAUAUGGAUUUUCUCUCUUUUAACCACUCACAACUUCUAUUUAUAUAGAUUCAUGAUUCAACUCGUAACACACGCAGUAGAUAAAAACUACAUGUUCCUCCUCUGCAAUGGUCUCUUAGUGGUUGUUGCGAAGUGCUCUGGUUUGGUCGCUUCGUCGAAACCAAUAGAGAAAUUUUGGAGUAAUACCGAUAAAACCUUUGAUUAUGGAGAUUUCGAGAGUUACAAUGCGAUAUUGGAGGUGAAGUAUAAUUCUGUUAAUGGAAUAGGAACAGAGUACUCCUUUCUUCUUGCAGAGGAAGUUACUGUAGAGGAGGAUACAAAACAUCAAGAAACCGAAGAAAACGAAGAAGAUGACGAUGACAACACAUUAGCAGAUAAUGAAGGAGAGGAAGAGUGUGAUCUUCGUGACGGAUCUAUAAACGAGGAAGAAGAAGAAGAGAACGUAGAAGUGAUGACAUCGACGGAGGAGGAGAUGAAUAAGAAGUUCGACGAGUUCAUCAGAAAGAUGAAGGAAGAGCUUAGAAUCGAAGCUAAACGGCAUUUAAUACUUGUUUGAGUACUACUUUAUAGUUAAUCAGUUUUGUUUUAAGUUUAAUCGCACCAAGUUACGUUUUCUAGCUUCUUCUACGUACUUCCUUCUAUCCUUUGUAAGCAUCUCUUUUAAUGGAAUAAUCCUUUUUAAAUC